GCUAAUCAAAAUGGCGAUGUAGGAAGUGUAUACUUGCAUACUUACAUACUUAAGUUUACUAUUCCAAGUGUACAUUUUUAAGAAUAAUUUUAAAAAAAUUAGUUAUAUUGAAAAAAAAUUUUCUUAAAUAACUAUGGAAGAUCAUUUUUCCUGGAAGGACGGCGACGUGAAGACGAUGAUCCGGAGGCGGAUAGAGUGCCACGACUUGUUCACGGGCAAGCGGGGCAGCGCGCUGGCGGGCUGGCAGCGCAUCGCGGAGCUCCUUGACAACGGCGCCACGUACCAGCAGUGCAAGAAGAAGUGGGAGAACCUGCUGCAGAAGUACCGCGACGUCGUGGCGACCCUGGCGAAGGACGAGCCCCUGGACGACGUCAGGUGGCGGUUCUUCGAGGACCUGCACCCGUUCCUGUGGACGCACCAGCACGCCAACCUGCCACCGGCGUGCAAGUCGGAGCACCCCGGGGGGAAGCCCCACACGCCCCGCCUGCUGUUCCGAGGCGUGCCUCUGCCGCUCGACGCGGAGGAAGAAGACCCGCUGGGGCCCAACUGCCCCGCGACCCCCGCGCCCACCAGAUGCAAGCUGGAGCCAAAUGAUAUCUCCAACUUCGAAUGUGAUGAGGUUGACUACGACUCUGAACUGGACGAUGACAGUGCUCACAACAUCCAAGAAGCUGAGCAGGUGCCGGUGGAAAUCGAGAUCACAGAACCCGCCUGCGCCGCGACGACGCGGAAGGUCCCGCAUCUGGAGUUCAGAGGCUCGGUUUUCCCUCCGACCCCCGCGAAGAGGCCGAGGAUCUCGGAAGCGUGCGAGGGCAUUGCCGGCCUUGCCCGAGAAAGCGCUCCCCUCGCUGCAAGGAAGACUGUGUUCGGCAGGGAGCAGCACAGGCAGAUGAUGGCGACGCUGCAGAUGGAACACAGGAUGAGGAGAAACGUGCUGCAGGCAGAACUCGAGAUGACGAAGCGGAUACUUCAGGUCGAGUUCGAAAUCAGGCAGGAGGAGCUAGAUUUCAGGCGGAACUUUCACAGGCUGCAACUCAGGAAACUAGCGCAGUCUAUAAACGCCAACUCUUGAGUCGUAAUGUAAUCUGUUUAUUCCACCUGUGAACGUAAAGAGUUGUGUUGAGCUGGUGCUAUUUUUUAUUUUGCAUGUUCACUUGUUCAGUGCGGGAGCACCAAGGACGAUUAUGACUAACACAUUAGAUGUGACAUGCCUCUACGUAUGAGGCACUGAACUAGUAUUUUUUUUUUCUUCCUCUGUAGUAUUCUUUCAGUGAUCCUUCAUUGUGUUCCUUAGUAAUAACAGUAUUGGUUAAAACGUUAAAAGGCUUUUCGUCUGCUGCACCACAGUUUUCAUACUCAAAUAGGUUGCUUUUACUCUCAGAAAUAUAGUAUUUAUAAACAUUGUACGAGAACACUUAACAUUUCAACAUUUAUAAGUUUGUUAAUCAGAAGUUCGGACACCACUCAAAAAAUUUGAGCAGUUAGAAAAUGACACUUAGAUACCUGUAGCUCUGCACUGGCAGAUGCCCCGGGCCAGGCAGACAGACACAGACUGCAACCCUGAACCUCUACGGCAGGUCUGCUCCUAGAGUUGGGCAGUUUACACAAGUGUAUGUACAGUGAACGUACAUACCUUAAAAACCCACCUUUUUAGUUCUUAAUAAUGAAAGUACAUUAUAUUGAAUUGUUACUUAACGUAAAACAUCUUGUUGGGACCUGAAAUUACAUACAGUCAACUCUAAAUUAUCUGUACUCGGAUUAUCCUUUAUUGGAUUAUUUGUGCUUGGAUAUUUUAAUUAUUAGAGUGCUAUAUUCUGAAGCUGUAAAAAUAAAGAUGGCAUCGCUCUGGCGGCACACUUCUUCGCUUGGCCAUUGUAUAUUUUUAACCAACCUGGUACCGUGUCAGAAAGCUGUUUGGGUCCGAGCGACCUUUCAUGUUGCCCACUUUUAUUAUUAUUAUUAUUAUUUCUGAAAGACACAGAGAACACUUUACACGUUAUAGAACCACCUCUCAGAGUCACCUUAAUUAAACUCGAAGAAGCUACAUAAAUGAAAAGAUUGACUAAAACAGUCUGUGCACAAAACUUGCUGGGCAUUGUCGGGAGGUUAGCAGAUACUUACAACUAGUGCACCAAAGUCAACAUUCACAUGUUACAAAUAAAUCAUUUGCUUGAGUUGAAUUGUAUUUGCAUAGCUAUAUGUUUUCUUGUAUAGAAACUUGAGGAUUCAGAAUGAUGCGUCUUAGAUUUAAUUACUUCUUAGUUGUGAGUAAGUGUACAUUUUUAUCUGUAUACUGUUGAGUGCAAUCCAUUUUUAAUUAUGAAAUCUUUAUUUUCUGACUGAUUUCACACAUCCAUUAGACCUGUGCUAAUCUCUUCAUUUUCCAAUGAUUAGCAUAUCCUACAUCUGUUAAAUCACUAAAUUAACCAAUCCUGAGUGUCUGACCAACAAGACCACAACUUAUUUUGGUUAAAUAAUAUCACAAAUUUUACAACAUUGUGUGGUUUGUAUAGACAGUACACAUUAAGGUAAUAAAAAAUAACCCUACUUGUAAUAAGGUGUGAUAAAAGUGAUGCAAAGAAAAAUUAGUGUAGAUAGAAGAAACCUGGGUGUCAUGCCCACACAAUUUUGUGUUAUGUUUCUAAAAUUUUAUGCAGUUAUGUAAAGGAAAUAUUUUAUAAAAUGUGUAAAUAUUAUAUAAUAAAGUUUUUUCUAUUGUUA